CCCGCCAUGUCAGGCCAAUAAAAAUGCCACCAAAAGAACAGCAAAAGAGCUUCAGGUUGCCAAGCAAAGCUAAAUCGGGUGCUCCCAUCUUCCCCGGGAUCCCGUCAUUGUCCGAUCGGAGCAAGGGGUUAAACUGUCACGGGAGAAAUUUCCGAUGCUGGUACAGUCAGACCCUUCACCACGUAAUUCUUGAACUCGUUCUGUGUUGCUGUCGUAUCCAUUGGAAGGGCGUUUGGUUUAUAUUUGGUCUCUGGGAACCGUGACUAGGUUGACCAGCUGAAGCUUGGACAAAAAAAGAAACCCAAUAUCCACAUUACAGCCUUUUACAUCUUCUCCCUCUUCCAAAUCCCUUCCUCCCCCCGGCGACAACCUUCCUGAAACAACCCCCAACAUAACCGUCACGAUGGCGUCCUUCCCUCCGCCCCCGGUCAACACCAUUGACUGGUCCAAUGUCGGCUUCCGUGUCCGCGAGGUCAACGGUCACAUCGAAUCCCACUACUCGGUCAAGACCGGCAAAUGGUCCCCUCUCCGCUUCGUUGCCGACCCCUACAUGCGCAUCCACGGCAUGGCUCCGGCCCUCAACUACGGCCAGCAAGCCUACGAGGGUCUUAAGGCCUUCCGUCUCCCGGGUGACAAAUCCAUCGCCAUCUUCCGCCCAGACCGUAACGCCGCGCGCUUGCAGCACAGUGCCGACUUCAUCUCGAUGCCGCCCGUCCCCGUGGACUUCUUCCUCGAGGCCGUGAAAGCCGCAGUCGCCCUCAACGCUGAGUUCGUCCCCCCGCACGAGACCGGCGCCGCCAUGUACAUCCGGCCCCAGGUCUACGGUUCGUCGGCCCAGCUAGGCCUGAACCCGCCGGAGGAGUACACCUUCUGCGUCUUCGUGCUGCCCACGGGCGUCUACCACGGCACGCACCCGGUCAAGGCCCUGAUCCUGGACGACUUCGACCGCGCGGCCCCCAACGGCACCGGCAGCGCCAAGGUCGGCGGCAACUACGCGCCCGUGCUGCGCUGGAGCGAGCGCGCCCGCAACGAGGGCUACGGCAUCACCCUGCACCUCGACAGCAAGCGCCACGAGGAGGUCGACGAGUUCAGCACCAGCGGCUUCAUCGGCGCCCUGGUCAACGGCGAGGACAUCACGCUCGUUGUCCCAGACAGCGCCGCCGUCAUUGAUAGUGUGACCAGCGACAGCAUCCAGCAGCUCGCCCGCAGCUUUGGCUGGAAGGUCGAGAAGCGCUCGAUCAAGUACACAGAGCUGCCGGCCUUCCAAGAAGUCAUGGCGGCCGGAACCGCCGCCUCCCUCGUACCGAUCCGAUCCAUCACGCGGCGCAACAGCGCGGCCCUCCCUCAAAGCCCGCGCGUGUCGUCCGACAACACAACCGGCGAAGAGACAGUCACCUACACGCCCGACACCUCAGACGAGCCCGGCCCGCUGUGUCUGCGCCUGCUGGCGGAGCUCAAGGGCAUCCAGCUCGGGCAGCGCAAGGACCCGUUCGGGUGGCGCUUCGAGGUCAGCGAGGCGGACGCGCGCCGCGUGGUGGAGGCCGAGGGGGCGGCCGGCAAUGGCAAUGGGAAUGGGAAUGGCCAGACCGUGGAUCAGCUGGACUAGGGGUUCCGUGCUGAGCGGGGUGGUGGUGCUUCUUCUUCUGCUGAGUAUGCUGAUGGGGUGUUUCGCAUGUCGCUUGACUAGGUAGGU